AUGCCGUCCAAAGUAAAAAAGAAGGAUCAUAAUGAAAUACAAAAUAAUGAAUUUGAUCCAGUUAAUCUGAUCUCCAAAAAUCCACGAACGGUGGUUUUAAUGUUGGAUUCGCCGGAGGAGACAGUGUUAGCAUCUGCUUGCGAGGCUAUUUAUAAAUUUGCCGAAAAGUCCGAUGCAAAUAAAAUCGAACUACUGAAUACUGGCGUAAUCAAUGGUCUUAAUCGUUUGCUAUCGCUUGAUGAUAAGGCAGUGAGAACCCAUGCCGCAGCCUGUCUAGGAACAUUAACUGGUCAUGCCGAAAUCAGAAAAGCACUUCGUAAAACAAAUUGUAUAGAGCCACUUAUUGCUUUAAUACAGCCCGAAGAGGAACUUAUCUGUCACGAUCAUGCGAGCCUUGCCUUGUGUCAUCUUGCAGCAGAUUUUACCUCUAAAUUAGAGAUAUUUGAAAAGAAUGGAUUACAGCCACUAAUUAAGCUCCUAACUUCUAUUGAUAGCGAUGUACAGAAAAACGCUGCUGAAGCCAUCUGCUAUAUGGUUCAAGACUAUCAGAGUAGACUAGCGAUUCGAGAUCUACAUGCUGAUAAUCGUGCUGCAAUUCGAGAAGUUGGGGGAAUGGAAAAAUUAGUUGAUUUUAUUGGCAAUAAGGACUUUGAAGAUCUUCAUGUUAACUGCAUGGCAAUAAUCUCUAACUGUCUAGAAGAUCACGAAUGUAUGAAGCUCAUGCAAAAUAAUCGAGGCUUGGAGAAAUUACUUGCUUUCACAGUUGAUUCAACAUCUCAUGCAAUGCAGCAGCGAGCGGCUAGAGCAGUUGGAAAUGCUGCCAAAAAUGCUGAAAACAGAAAGAUUUUUCGAGAAAUAGAAUCCGAAAAACAAAUCAUCACAUUAUUUGCAUCAGAUAAUAUCGGUGUGCAAGCAGCCACAGCUCGUGCUUUAGCACUAAUGGCUGAAAAUUCUGGAAGCAGAGAGGCAAUAGGACACUUCGAUGGAGUACCACCGCUUAUCUCUUUACUAAAUAACGAAAAUGUCGAAGCAAGAACUUUUGCAUCUCUUGCACUCGCUAAUAUGACAUCUUCCCAUACAAAGAAUUGCAGUUUGGUCGUCCAAGCAAAUGGAAUUGAACCUCUGAUAGCAUUAUUAAACGAUCAUAAAUUUGAACCACAAGCAAAUGCUGCUGUCUGUUUAACUAAUAUUGCCGCUGACGAGGGAUAUCGAGCAGAAAUCCAGCGUCAAGGCGUCGUACAAUCUCUCGUCAAUGCUUUACAAUCUAUUAAUAAUACAGUACAAGCAAAAGCUACCUUAGCUGUUGCAGCGCUCGUAUGCGAUACAGAAACUAGAACUGAGCUGCGAAAUUAUAGUGGAUGUGAACGAAUUGUAGCUUUAUUAAAAUCUGAUAAUGAUCAAGUGCGGAGAUGUGCUUGCUGGACUAUCAACUCUUGCGGAAAUGACCUGCCUACUGCUACCGACUUUUGUAAACAUGGUGCAUUAGAAAUACUGCAGGACAUUGCAACAUCAAACACGCGACAAUCGCGAUUUGCAAAAGCCGCUCUUGAUUGCCUACUAAAUUGCAAUCUCUCAGCCAAAUACAGCUUAAAUAAUGAAAUUAGUGCUCAAAAUUUUAUUCAGGAUGGAUUUUACGAUGCAGGACAAUUACGUCAAGGGAGACCAUUUCUAAGCCUUGAGGAAUUUAGUAAAUCACCUAUAGAUGCUAAAAGACCUUAUCUGUUGGUUUAUACUAAGAAUCCUAUCAGGAAAGUUGAGACUCCAGUUACUCAACCCACAUCCGAAAAGAAGCACUCAAGCAGACGCCGAGAUGGCCGAAGUAAAAUGAGAUCCCGUGAACAAAAAGAGCGAGAAGAGACUGCACGCGAAGAAGAGCAGCAACUGCUACUUCAACAACAGUUGGAGGAGGAAAGAAAAGCCGCCGCCGGUGAAUGGAGGCCAAAUUACGAUGCAAUCUUAGCAAAUUAUAUACAAGAAGCUCAAAAAAAUAUUCAAACUUUACCCAAUACGCGUGAGCAAGUUAUUGCUUUAGCGAAAUCUGUUAGCGACAAAAUGGGUGGCGUUAUCGAGAAAGCCAACUUGGCUGGUUUUGGAUAUGAACUACAUAUCAAUCAAUUGAAAUAUGAAUUAAAGUCGAACAUUAUACCUCUUGGUUCUAUUUCAAUGGGAACAUUCUAUCACAGAGCACUGUUAUUUAAGGUCGUUGCCGAUAGAAUAGGAAUUAGUACAUCUCUGAUAAGAGGAAAAUAUACAAGAGCGUGGAACGAAGUACUAAUAUCUGACGACCCAGAGCCUGGACAACCCCGCUAUCCACCUAAAAAGUAUAUUGUUGACUUAAUUCACCAACCUGGUCAGUUGCUACUGAUUGAUUCUAUGGAAGCCAAAAAAUACUGUCGAUUGUAA